ACAGUCAGGGGAAACACGGAUUCCUGUGAAAGUGUAACAUUUUAGGAUCACUGGAUUUCAGGUCCCCGUCUGAUGAGCAGAUGAGCUUUGACAACAUUUCUCGCACUGGUUUUGCUGUAAACUGGGGGACGCGGGGGCGCGCUCGAGGGGGACGGAGCGCGCAGCCCCGGGAUCAAGUUACAGUCCCAGUCCCAGACUUUUCAAGGCAACAUUUUUUCCUCCAUCACAGAAGUGGGGGAUGGUGAACGCUAUUUGGUUUCUUCAAACUUUUUAGACUAACGAAAAACGCAGCCGGGGUAAACUGUGCCGGAAUCUAAAAAGCAACUUUUGUUUGCAGCUUUCACGCGCGGCGUUUGUACGAUGAAGAGAUUUUCAAUGGCAUGUGAGAGAGAAAGGAGGCAUAAAAAACUUUGGAAUCGGACGAAAAGACACUUCUUUUAAAGAGGGGAAUGUCGAAUCGGGAAUCUAGGAAAUAUCCACGCUUUGACUUGGUUUGAAAGCUUCCAGCGCAUCGCGCGCGCGAGUGAAGACCGACUGUUUAUUUGGAAACAUUUGAUGAAACAUCGCUACAUUGUUGGUUCUCCAAGAUGUCCUCCAAGCGCCUCUGCUCCAUUGUUGGAGGCUUUUGGAUGCUUUGGAUCUGGGCAGCAGCCUCUCUAGUCGCUCAGGCGGUCAUCUUGCACUCAAAUGAAACGACGUUCAACGACUUUUGCAAGACAUCCACAACUUGUGAAGUACUAAGAUACAAUACGUGCCUUGGUUCUCCUUUGCCGUACACGCACACGUCUCUGAUUCUGGCUGAAGACUCAGAAACUCAAGAGGAAGCCUUGGAGAAAUUGGCCAUGUGGUCUGGGUUGAGAAAUGCUCCUCGCUGUUGGGCUGUCAUUCAACCAUUGCUGUGUGCCGUUUACAUGCCAAAAUGCGAAAAUGGAAAGGUGGAACUGCCCAGCCAGCACCUGUGCCAAGCUACACGCAAACCUUGCAGUAUUGUGGAACGGGAGAGGGGCUGGCCCAACUUCCUCAAGUGUGAAAACAAGGAGCAGUUUCCUAAGGGUUGCCAGAAUGAGGUCCAGAAGAUCAAAUUCAACACUUCAGGACAGUGUGAGGCUCCCUUGGUCAAAACCGACAUCCAGGCAAGUUGGUACAAGGACGUGGAAGGUUGUGGGAUCCAGUGCAACAAUCCCCUGUUCACAGAAGACGAGCACUCGGACAUGCAUAACUACAUUGCCAUCUUCGGCUCCAUCACUCUCCUGUGUACCUUCUUCACGCUGGCCACAUUUCUCGCAGACUGGAAGAAUUCCAACCGUUACCCCGCUGUGAUCCUCUUUUACAUCAACGCAUGUUUCUUUAUCGGAAGUAUUGGAUGGCUCGCUCAGUUCAUGGACGGAGCCCGCAAGGAGAUUGUGUGCAAAAGCGAUGACACUAUGCGGCUUGGAGAGCCAUCAUCCACAGAGACGCUGUCGUGCGUGAUUAUCUUCGUCAUUGUGUAUUAUUCGCUAAUGUCUGGAGUCAUUUGGUUUGUUAUGCUCACUUACGCCUGGCACACAUCGUUCAAAGCGCUGGGCACCACCCAUCAGCCUCUGUCUGGAAAAACAUCGUAUUUUCACCUGGUCACAUGGUCUAUUCCUUUUAUUCUGACAGUUGCUAUACUGGCCAUUGCAGAGGUGGAUGGAGAUUCGGUUAGCGGCAUUUGCUUUGUUGGCUACAAGAACUACAGAUACCGUGCAGGGUUUGUUCUGGCUCCAAUUGGGGUGGUCCUUGUUGUCGGUGGUUAUUUUCUAAUACGAGGGGUUAUGACAUUGUUUUCCAUUAAAAGUAACCAUCCUGGGCUGCUUAGUGAAAAAGCUGCUAGUAAAAUCAAUGAAACGAUGUUGAGGCUUGGCAUUUUUGGAUUCUUGGCCUUUGGUUUUGUUUUCAUCACUUUCGGCUGCCAUUUCUAUGACUUUUUCAACCAAGCUGAGUGGGAAAAAAGCUUUAGGGAAUACGUACUAUGUGAGGCGAAUGUCACCAUAGCUCACCAGACCAACAAGCCGAUCCCAGAGUGUGCCAUCAAGAACAGGCCUAGUCUGCUGGUAGAGAAGAUCAACCUCUUUUCAAUGUUUGGCACAGGCAUCGCAAUGAGCACAUGGGUUUGGACAAAGGCCACCAUCCUUAUCUGGAAACGCACCUGGUUCAGAAUCAUUGGCCGAAGUGAUGAUGAGCCGAAACGCAUAAAGAAGAGUAAAAUGAUUGCAAAGGCAUUCUCAAAGCGAAAAGAACUGCAGAAGGAUCCAGAAAAAGAGCUGUCUUUCAGCAUGCACACCGUUUCUCAUGAGGGACCUGUGGGUAUCAACUUUGACCUGAAUGAGCCAUCAAUGGAAAUGUCUUCUGCAUGGGCCCAACAUGUGACUAAGAUGGUGGCUAGAAGAGGGGCAAUUUUACCGCAGGAUAUUUCAGUGACGCCCACCGGAACACCUGUUCCGCCUCCAGAGGAAAGGAACAAACUUUGGAUGGUUGAAGCAGAAAUUUCUCCAGAAAUGAUGAAAAGAAAGAAGAAGAAGAAAAAGAGAAGGAAGGAAAUACGGCCAACGGGUCCUGCAGCGGACGAAGGGAAUCCUGCCUUCCACCGGAGGGAGUUUGGCCACAGCUCAGUCCCCCGUCUCCCAAAACUUCCAGGUCACCGGAGUCUGGUGGCUAACCUUUGGGAGCAGCAGCGACAGCAGCAGGAGGAACAGGAUAUGCUACCUGGAGCCUUCCCAGAAUUCAGGCCUUCGUGUCCUCUUCCUUAUCAGGAGAGGUACGGUGGGUUGGGAUACCUGCGCAAUAAACCUUCCAACCUCCCCACUGCUAAUCCCCUGACUCUACGAGAUAGCAUGCAGGAUGAUUUGGGUGGCUUCCAGCAAUCUUCAUGGCAACCUAAUGGGGUUUUCCGGUACCUUGGACAGGAGGCUUCCGCGAUUGAUGCUGGCAGGACUGCCGUUGUGCCACGGGCCGAUUGCAGGAGGGGCGUACCAAUACACUCCAGAACCAAUCUUAUGGAGGCUGAGCUACUGGAUGCUGACUCAGAUUUUUAAAUAUUAAGAGCUGCUGGUGCUCUUUUUGCGCAGUGAAAGGUGCUGGAUACUCAUCCCAAACAACGAACCUGGAGCAGAAGUGGGUUUGAACUGCUGUGCUGGCUCUGCUUGUUUAAAGGAUAAUACUUUUUUAUGCAACUCUCACGAUAAUAUGAAUUAUGAACUGGAUUUGUGAAACAUUAUUAAAGAGUCAUAAAGACAUUUGUGCCUAAACAUGGAUUUUGUGCCAUGCCACAUGUGAUUGUGGUGACAUACGUAUUGUUCAGUUUGUUAGCUGAGCUAAUGUGACAUCGGUUUGGAAACACAUGCCACACAAUUGAGAGGUCAAAGCUUAAAGAGGAAUUGUGUAAUUUUUGCAGCACUGGAGUUGCCAAACGGAAUCACAACAAAAAUGGCUGUUUUCAAACAGGUUUUCUCUUCUUUCAAUGAAAAAGAUUCACCCAGAAAGCAUGCCGUUAUCGGAGCAGGUGUCGCUUGGUUAGCAAAAUCUAACAUUUUUCAGAUCUCUGGUAUUUGCCUUCAGAUCGUGGCUCUGAAAAAGGCUACCAAGCUUUGUUUUGAGACUGCCAAAAUUGGGUCUCUAAUCCAAUUUUGGUUCAACAUCUUGAUCUUAAAGGGAUAGUUUACCCAAAAUUAUGACUGCUCCUGAGUCAGCUGUACCACACAAAUCCAUUGUGACACAGAAAACUGACAUAUAAAAGAAGAAAUUGUUUAAUAAAGUUUAAUAAACACACAAAAAUCUUUUGUCUGUCUACGCACGGUCAGUUCUCUGAUUUCAUUAAAAAUUACUUCAUUUGUGUUCCAGAGACGAGAAAAUGUCUUGCAGGUUUGUAACAACAUGAGUAACAAAUUAGAGAAUUUUCAUUUUUGGGUGAACUAUUGCUUUAAUGUGAUUAUUUUAUUGAAUGGAGGUCAAAAAAUUUCUUUGCGACUCCUAUUUUUGUGGUCCAACUUUGGUGAGAGGUUUUCGAACAGGUUUUCUGCCAUCUGCCAUUGGUCAGUCAAAGAGAUAGCCGUGCCCAGAACACAGGCCGUUGGUCGAGCCAAUAAUACUGCGUCGGCAUGCACAAAUAAACAUACGGUUUACGAAACUUUGUACGUAUGGCUUAAAGUCGUCCCUAUACCCAUUAAAGUGAGAUAGGAAAAAAUAUGUUUAAUGUUGGGUAACACCAUUUUUGUUUAUAGUGGGCCUAUAGGCCAUUAUAUUACCAUUAGUACGAAAAAUGAAAAUACAGUCUGUACUGUACCUUCUGAAAAAAUUCACAAUUAAGCAUCCUUGGCCACAAUUUAGACAUAGAAAAGCAACUGACGAAAGUGUUAUUAAAAAGAGAAUUUAUUAUUGUUACUUUUUUGCUUUGGAAAAAUUGCCUGGUGCAAUCACAAACAAGUCCACCCUCUCUCAUUCAAAGAGAAAAAGAGAACAUAAAGGGCAUUGCUUUUGUUAAGAAACUGUAGUCAAAAAUAGCAAGGGUUAUAUAAGAUUCUGUUUCCAUUGACAAUUAUUUCUGUACAGUGCUAUUACAAAAUUAUUUUUGUACUUUAUAUUGUUUUUUCGCCAAUUUUAUUUUAUAUUAUUUUAAACUGUACAUACUUUAGGUCACGUUUUGUUCCUUACACCCAUUUGAGUGAGUUUUGUUUCAUACAUGUAUGGAUUUGCUUCCCGGUGUGAAUUUUGUUUAAAAAUGUUAAACUUAUUUACUUAUUUUAUUAUUGUUCUUUUUCGGUUUUUCUUAGAGCGUUGUUAAUAUCCCUGGCAAUAUUAACACAAAAGCAGCUGUGCAGCAUUUUUCUGACAAUUUGAAGCUGUCCUUCAAGAAUGUAUUUUUUUUAAAAGUGUUUAAUGAAGAUGCUUGUGUAUUAAUAUCUGUUUUUUUUCUUCCCCCCUUCACUGUUGCUGUUAUUCCCUCGUGAGAGCCGGUCUGUCCUUCUCAAUAGUAUUUUAUUUUCACGUGCGUGAGUGAUCUUUGUUGUUUUCCUGCUGGAGACUCAUUCCUUUGUGUAUAUUUUUAAUAUUGACGUACCAUUAAUAAAAAUGUACUGAAAUCCAGAGGAUUCAGUUUACGCUGAAUGCUUCAAGGUUAUUUUCAUUACACACAUAAAAAAAAGGAAAUCAUGUCUAGUAUUACUUAAUAAAA